AUGGUAAAAGUAGCAAAACGUUUGCUCAUAAUGAUGAAGGUUGUGAAUAUGGCUGGGCCUUAUGAUUCUUUGAAAGAUGUUGCUUUGAAACUGUUGCAAAACAAAGUUGCGACAGUUCCUAUUAUUCACUCUUCUUCACAGGAUGUCUCAUUUCCGCAGCUGCUACAUUUGGCUUCUCUAGCUGGAAUCCUAAAAUGUAUUUGCAGGCAUUUUAGACAUUCUUCUAGCUCCUUGCCCAUUCUUCAACAUCCAAUUUGUUCUAUCCCUUUAGGUACAUGGGUUCCAAAUAUUGGGGAAUCAAAUGGACAGCCAUUUGCAACAUUGAGACGUAAUGCCUCUCUUAGUGCUGCCCUUUCUCUGUUAGUUCAAGCUGAAGUUAGUUCAAUACCAAUAGUGGAUGACAAUGACUCACUGCUCGAUAUAUAUUGUCGAAGUGACAUCACAGCUUUGGCAAAAGACAAGGCAUAUGCGCAAAUUCACCUUGAUGAAUUGAGCAUUCAUCAGGCACUCCAACUGGGACAAGAUGUGAGUUCUCCUUCCAACGGGCAGAGAUGUCAGAUGUGUUUGCGAUCCGAUCCUUUGCACAAAGUGAUGGAACGGCUAGCAAUUCCUGGGGUUAGGAGACUCGUGAUUGUGGAGGCUGGGAAACAGCUGGCUUUUUUAGGAAGGGGAAACUGGCGAAGAGUUACGAAACUGUUGGCGUCACCUAUGCUGUUGACGGCUGUGGUAAAAAGUGGGUUGAUGGCUCGUGUUUUUUCUUAA